AUGUUUUGCCUUGUAACUGGAUAUAUUAUUCCAGUCAAUGUUGCCAUACUUAUUUAUGGUAUCAUUCUUUAUCAUGUUCGUCAAUCAUCUCGACGAGUCGUCAAUGUGGCAUCAACCAUUACAAAUCGUCAUAUAUGUAAUGUAAGACGUGAAAUGAAACUCGUACGAAAUAUUUUAAUUCAAUUGACUAUUCUCUUUUGUGGUGGAGCACUGUGUUCGGUCGUAGUACUUUGGCAAGUGAUAGGACCAGAAGGAAUAUCACCACCCGAACCACUUUACUUAUUGAGAAUCAAUUCAUUAACAGUUUUUAUAACAGUGAUGCUCAUUGUAUUGUUCGGCAUGAAUGCACAGAUGAAUGAUGAAAAAUCUGAUGAUCAAAAGAUUGGAAAAGAUCAAAAAAGUCGAGAUUUAGCAUUAGCUCAAUUAAAGCAAGAAAUUAUGCUUGAAUCACCUGUAUCACAAUGUUUACCUCAAUUACUUGAUAAUCCCGAUGCACAAGGAUGGGGUGUGGAGUGUGGUUGA